GUGCUCGGCGGAGCCCGCGGGCCUGCCCUGGCGGACUGGGCCACCUCUCCUGCCCUCCCCCGACUGGCUUUCUUUUUCCCAGCACUGCAGAAGGAUCUGGAUAAGAAACUCUUUGGACAGCAUCUUGCAAAGAAAGUGAUUUUAAACGCUGUGUCUGGUUUCCUGAGCAACCCGAGGCCCAAGAAACCUCUCACGCUCUCCUUGCACGGGUGGACCGGCACCGGGAAAAAUUUUGUCAGCAAGAUCAUCGCCGAGAAUAUUUACGAGGGCGGUCUGAACAGUGACUAUGUCCACCUGUUUGUGGCCACGCUGCAUUUCCCCCACGCCUCGAACAUCACCCUGUAUAAGGACCAGUUACAGCUGUGGAUCCGAGGCAACGUGAGUGCCUGUGCGAGGUCCAUCUUCAUCUUUGAUGAGAUGGACAAGAUGCACGCUGGCCUCAUAGAUGCCAUCAAGCCUUUCCUGGACUAUUACGAUGUGGUGGAUGAGGUCUCCUACCAGAAGGCCAUCUUCAUAUUCCUCAGCAAUGCUGGAGCAGAGAGGAUCACAGAUGUGGCUUUGGAUUUCUGGAGAAGAGGGAAGCAGAGGGAGGAAAUCAAGCUCAAGGACAUGGAGCACGCCUUGUCUGUGUCUGUCUUCAACAACAGGAACAGUGGUUUCUGGCACAGCAGUCUGAUUGACCGAAACCUCAUUGAUUAUUUUGUCCCCUUCCUGCCCUUGGAAUACAAACACCUGAAGAUGUGCAUCAGGGUCGAGAUGCAGGCCCGUGGCUAUGAGGUUGACGAGGACAUCAUCAGCAGAGUGGCUGAAGAGAUGACCUUUUUCCCCAAGGAGGAACGCGUUUUCUCUGACAAGGGCUGCAAGACGGUGCACACCAAGCUGGACUAUUACCUUGAUGACUGACGGCCCACACCAGGCUUUGAGAGGAACUCAACACUCAGUCUGCCCCUGCUCCUUUCCAGGGAAGAGGAAUCAAAUGGAUAUUUCCAGGAGUGCAGCAGGAAUUCUGGGCCUAUUCCCUCCCUGGAAGGCCACAGUGCCCUACCUUCAGAACCCGGAUAUGGACAGGAGGUGUCUGGGGCCUUCAGAGGAGAAAACUGCAGCUCCCAGCCCACCCACUCUGGGGCUCGUGAUUUUUUAAAAAUUAUGUUUUAAUUUCACUUAUUUCUGUUUCAAGGAACGAUAAAUAAGUUUUACUGAAAAUGUGAUAACUUUAUUUAAGAUGGUUUUUAACAUUAUGAGAAACUUUUUUCAGAUUCUAAGUUUUUGGCUUUGUGUGAUUUUUUUCAAAUCCUCAUCAUUACAAACCGUCAUGUCUACCGCAUUAAGGCUGAGCAUGGUCCUUGGCAUCUGUUCUGUGGGAUGGCAGUACAGGGGACACCAGCGCUAUCCCGGGAUGACCAGAACCAGCCCCACCAGGGCCAGGAAGUGUGCAGACAGAAGGAGGAGUACAGCAGAGGACCCAGGCCGGUCCGUGGUAAGCCCGACGUCCUCCUGGGGCUUUCAGCUGGGAGCAGUGGGGACAGUGGGCGCUAUGGGGACGAGCUUGGUCAUACUGUGUGCACGCGUCAGAACUUGAAUCUUUUGAAAGAAACAUCCAGAGCCUGGCACACCUGCCCGCCAUCCCAGGUUGAAGAGGGAGGAUCAGAAGUCUGAGGCCAGCCUCAGCAGGAGAGUGAGGCCAGAGGAGACUUAGUGAGGACAGUAGUGAGACCCGCCACGGGAGGAGAGCUGGGAUGCAGCUCAGUGUGGCAAAGCGCCCAUGACAAUCCACCCCACCCCAAAAAAGGGAAGAAAAGGACCCUCCAGCUCCCCACUUGCCAGCCCCGCUACGUCUCCAAACGAGCCGCGCUUCCUCUGCGGGUUCUUCAGUUGUGAUGGAUUUUGCCAUAUUCUUUUUAAGAACUCCCUCAUGGUCACUAGUUUUGUUAUGUUGAAUGAGAACUCCCCACAUCUAGGAGAGCUUAGCUGCCCCUCUGAGAAGGCCAAGAAUACUGUUAUCUAUAAAUGCUACCAUUUUACAACAGAA